GAAUAAGAAGCGCCAGAGGAGCGUUUUAACACCUCAUUUUUCAUGCUAUCCCAUUUAUAUAUCUUCUACAAAUAAAUAUAUAUGAAGUGAGUGAGGGGAUUGGAAUUGUUAAGAAGUCGUAAAUUGAGAAAAUGGCCUCUCAUAAUCAUGAAGAUUUUGAGACGUGUUCUAAUUCUUAUUCUACUCCAAAGCUUUCUUUAUCUAAACUUCCAAACAAGCCAAUUAGAAAUAAUAAUCAUCAUCUAGCUGCAUAUACUACUCCACCACUUCAUCCAUUAGUUUCAAUCCCAUUUCAAUGGGAAGAAGCACCUGGAAAACCAAAAUCACCUACCAAGUCCAAAGUAGCAAGGUGUCUAGACUUGCCACCAAGGUUGUUGUUGAGUGAAGCUAUGAAAAUUACUAACACGCCCUCGCCAACGACGGUGUUGGACGGGCCUUAUGCAGGCCGGUCUUUUUCUUCGAUUAAUGAAGCAGCACUUGAGAAGAAAGAUAUCAGUGGUAAUAAUAAGGACAUGUUGAUGAGAUCAUGUAGAUGGGAAAGCUUCAAGGAGAAUAAUGGAGGAGUUGUUGUCAAGGGUAGUUUUGACUUUUCCGGUCCUCUCAGUAGUACUACUUCAAGUGCUUAUGAUUUUGAUAUACAUCAAAGGAAGGUCCUAAGGUUUACAAGGAAAGGAAGCUUCUUCAGUUUCUCUCGUAACAAUUCUAACCUCUUGGGAGGAAUUUACGAUAGCAUUAAGCAGGCGGUCCCAUGGAGAUGGAGACGGACAAAAAGUAAAAGAGCUCUUUGAAUGUUCCACAACAGGGCAACUUGACUUCCACGAAGAAGGAAAAUUCUAUCUUAUUAUUUCCACGGACGUGUGGACUAGUUUUAACAUGGUAAAUUAUAAAUUUAAGUCAUGUAAUGACUUUGAUUAUGUACUAGGUUCGUUUAUGGAAUUACGAAUCUGUUACCUGUAUUUAGACGUACUUGCAACUUAAUUAUGUAUAUAUAGGUUCUAUACACCACGUUUACGUGUGAACUUAUUUAUUUACAGACUUACGCAAUGAAAUUACCAUA